GUCAGCCGCUGAGGCCACGCCUUCAUUUCUGAGCCGCGAGAAGAAUUGUCUUCUCUCGCGAGAUUCCACUGAGGCUGAGGAGAAGCCUGUUUCAAACUGAGCGGCUAACGUGUGGGCGGUGGAGAGCGCGGUGGAGCGGCACACGGUCCAGCAAAAGGAAACUCGCAGUAAAAGGAGAUUGAAGGUUGCUGUAUGCUUUGCUGGAAGAAAACGCAACAUAAAGAAAUGUCCUAUACGUGUCCGCAAAACUGACAAGAAUAGGACGUUUACAUAGGCGGUGAGGCCCUUGCGGUUUCACAGAAUUGUGAAUUUCUCUGGUGGAUGACAUCGUUGAGCCUGCUGGUUACGCACAAUAUCACUGGAGUUUUGUUCAUGGAAUAAAUAAAUAAAUCCUGGGCUCACAAGACCUAAAAUAAAUUACUGCGCACUGCUCAGCCAAUCACUGAUGCAGCAGUGACCAUCCUUGCUCAGUGAUUGUCUCAGCAGUUACUUUGUGUGUUGAAGAGGCCAGUGGAGACCUGAGAAGCGACAGUAGAAGUGGUGGGCUGGGAUCUGACACAAUGGACGCUAUCUUAAAACUGCGGAGUCAGUUAAAAGAGGCGGAAGAGGAGAGGGACAGGGCCGCACAGUAUGGGCUUCAACUGUUGGAAAGUCAAAGCGACUUACAAAAUCAGUUGGAGGAGCAACGCAAUGAAAUGACUGGCACCAUUGAGAACUUGGAACAAGAAAAAUAUUCUCUCCAACGGGAAGUUGAACUUAAAAAUCGGAUGCUAGAAAGUUUAACGUCAGAAUGUGAAAAUAUAAAGCAGCAGCAGAAGGCUUGGCUUGAACAGUUACAGGAUCAACUAGAGUGGAAUCAUAAUCGUGAAAUGAGUGAACUGAAAGAUAAGAUAGAGAAGCUGAAAGCUGAAUUGGAUGAAGCAAGAUUAAGUGAGAAACAACUAAAGCACAAACUUGACCACCAGAUUGAGCUGCUUGCUAACAAAUCAGAGGAGCUUCGCAUUAUGUCUGAGCGUGCUCAUGAAACUAUGUCAUCAGAAAUGGUGACACUCCAGAAUGAAAUAAGUGAUCUGGAAAGUGCAAAGGCACAGUUAGAAGAAGAAAUGAAUGAAUUACAAUAUCGCCAGCAGCAACUUAUUCUGACUAAUGGAAAUCAAAGUCGACAUCUGGAACGUAUUCAGAUCGAAAAGGAAGAACGAGAAAAAGAGGCUGUUGGUUAUUUCAAUGCUUUGGAGAAGGCGCGUGAAGCAAACCAGGACUUGCAGAUUCAGCUUGACAGUGCAUUAGAGAAGGCCCAAGACCCCAACAGUAGAGGCAAUUCCUUGUUUGCAGAGGUGGAAGACCGUCGAGCUGAAAUGGAACGUCAACUGAUCGGUAUGAAAGUCCAGUAUCAAUCGCUUAAAAAGCAACAUGCUUUCUCCAGACAACAGAUGCACCGAAUGAAGGUGCAAAUAGCAACUCUGUUGCAGCUGAAAGGCUCCCAAACUGACCCUGAACAGCUGGAAAGGUUACAGUCAAUGGUUGCACAGAAGAACAGUGAAGUUGAGAAACUGCUACUAAGAGUUCGCCAAUUAGAAAAAUGUCAGAACUAUGAAAAUGGCCCAUCAAAGAUAAAUACUGACACUUUGGUACAAGGUGAUGAAGCCUAUUAUGUUGAUUUACUUAAAAUGAAAUUGGAGAAUUCAAGUAAGGAAAUGGAGAAGAUUAAAGAUGAAUUAUCUCUGCAAAGAAUGAAAGCUUUAGCAGAAAGCCAGCGGGUCUUGGAGCUGGAACGGAAGCUUUUUACCACGGACAGGCAUCUUAAACUUUUGCAGAGUGAAAACAUGAAACUUCGUGUCAGCCUGGAUGAACUCAAAAUGAAAUAUGAACCUGAUGAAAUGGUUAAAUUACAAACUCAGAGACGUACACGAGAACAACUUCCACUUGACUGUCCAGCUGACGAAGUAUCUGAGGAUAAAGAUCUGCCUGUUAGUAGCAUUGAUCCUGUUCCCAAAAAUAAUCUUGAAGGGAAAGAAAAUGUAGCCUUGUCAGAUAAUUUUUCUCCUGAAGAUGAACCUGCAUCUUCUGACGAACAAGAUGUUGCAAGUGUACCUGUGAGCCAAGAUAAACCAAGCAGUCACCAAACUGUGAAAGAGCGGAAGAGAGUAAGAAUAGCAGAAGAUUUUAAUGAUACCCACACAUUAACUAAAAAGGACUGCACCCUUUCAUCUACCUCCUCCAGGUCGUCUGCUGGAGAUUCAAGCUAUGAACCAACAAAAUCUGAUGACGAAAAAGACUUGCGAAAGUGUGAGAGAAAAUCAAGACAUAGAGCUCAACCUGUCCUGCAUGUGUCUUCAAAAUCUUCCGCCUCAGCAGCACAAUGUCCGCAGCAAUAAUAUAUUUUGCAUCAGCAAUCUCUCAACAACAAAUAGAUCCAAUAUUUUAUAAAGUGACUGAAUUAGGAUAAUGUAAGGGAGCUGUUUUUGCUGUUUUGGAUUUUCAUACAAAUCUUAUUUCCUGGGUUACAGUUUGCAGUAUGGUUGUAUUAGAUUGGAUAAUUUCACUGCCACACGAUUGUUUUAUUACAUAAUGCUUACAUGUGUAUAAAUUUCUAGCCUGCUUCUAAAACUAUUUUUUUCCACAUAUUUGUAGAUAAAUUUGUGUUUAUUUUAUAACAAAAAUAGCUGCAUGUCUCUAUAGUGUUUUAAAUUCAAGUAUUCUGUACUGGUAUAGAAACAAAAUACCAGAAUUACAUGCCGGGCAGAUCCCAUACAGCAGUGUCUUGUCCAGAUACCAAAAUGCUGAUACUCAUGCCUGAAACCUGAGCGUUGCCGCUGUCCUAUAUAUGCCGUAUCUGGAACUUGUUACUCUGAUCCUAUGCUGAAACAGAAUACUGGAUUCGCUGUGUAAGAGCCCUAUCUUGUAAUGAACUCAAGAUGCGUCCGGAUAGGUCAUCAAUAUCUGAUCGUGGGGGUCCGAUAUCCGGCACCACCGCGAUCAGCUGUUUGAAGAGGAGGCGGCGCUCCAUGUGAGCAGUGCUUUCUGUUCCAAGACGGAGUACUUACGCCAUUCAAGCCAAUGGGAGAUGACACGUAGUAUAAUGACCAGGACCGCCUCAUCAAAUAACUUAUCUGUGAUCCUGUGUCAGACCCCCCGCAGAUCAGAUAUUGAUGACCUAUAUUGACUAUAGGUCAUCAAUAUAAACUGCAGGAAAACCCCUUUAAUGCAUUUGAGGUACUGAAUUUAAUACAUGAAAAUUUGUAAAAUAUUAUGUCUGAAAUAUGCACACCUUUUUUAUUUUUUUUUAAGAUACUACUUCAGAAAUUUUAAAUAGUAAGUACAUAAAAAGAACUAUGAACCUCUCCUUCCUUGUUUCAUUGUUCUAGUUUUUCUUUUCUUUCAACUGUUCAUUAAAGAGAUCUUUGAGGUCAAAAGAUGCAACCGUAUUAAACAUACUGUUUGGUAGGGUUGAUUCUGUUGAUCAAACAGAUAACUGGAUUGUACCCUUACAGAGAAAAACCUGUUAAAUUCUAUAUGCAAAUGGUCUUAAGUGUACUGAGGGGCAGGCUGUAGCCUUUCUGUGCAUCUCAGCUUCUCUGGUUACCUGCAUUUUACAAGGUCCAUCCUUACCCCUCAAUGCACUGAUUGGUUGGUAAACAAUAUGAAACUAUGAAACUAUUUUCUCUGGAACAGGACAGCAAAUUUUCACCAUCUAGGUAUCGUUUUAAAGGGGUUGUCCUGUAUCUGAUUAAUUGCCAUUGUCAACUCUAACAGGCAUUGUUCCUGACUUAAUAGGGUUGAUCAUGCUGACAGGUCAUCUUUUAAAGACGAUCAGACAGAUUUUCGAAUACAAACUGCGUACUUUAUUACUUUUAAGCCUUGUAAGAAUAGUGUUUUUACUUUGAAAAAUCAUGUUGGCAUCUCUGUUAAGUGUUUAUUUAAUAUUAGCAUUUUAUGAGUCCAUUUAGAGAGCCUGGUCCAGUGUACACACAAGCUAAACGAACUAUCUAGGUCUUGCCUAACUGAGAAGCUGGUUUCAGUGUAGCUUCUACAGAGCUGUGUGUGUUCUCAGCAGCAGAAGGAACAUUGAGGCUAGGUGUGCUUUGUAGAUAACUGGACUCAUGGGCUCUCACUCUCUGGCUGUACUCAGAAAUGAUUUGUUUUAAUGUCAGAUGGGAAAACUUUCAGUAUGGAUUCUAUAGCCUUUCUGACAUGCAUUUUCAAAGUAAGUACACCAGCUCCAUGAGGGCUAAGAGACGUGUUUAGUAAGCUAUGCAGUUUGUAUUGUGAAAUCUGAUGGUAUAUUCUCUGGAAUUCAUGUAUUCAACUGUUCUAUUAAUUGCUGUAUAUAUUUGUGUAUGCAUUUGUAUGUUAACAGAUCUAGACACUGAAGCUCAUUCUUUGUAAUAGGUUUUUCUGAUGCUAUGCAUUAAUUCAUGUAGCCUCAUGUCUGGAUUAUCUCCUUACCAAGCUUAAAGAACAGUUUUCAGCAAAUAAACAUUUACUUUACCUGUAUGUAUGAAUAAAAUGUAGUUCAAUCA